AGUACGAAUCGUUCUUAAAGGGAGACAACUAAGAAAAAUACAAGAUGUCAGCGCCCAUAAUUUCUUAAAGUUGUUAUGACAAAAUACGACUUUUAACGGUUGAAUAUAUACCCCAGCGUCUUGAUUGCUCAUUUUUAAGUUGUGACGUUAGCUAAGCCAUGUACACAUUGUUUUCUGGGUUGUGGAAGUUUAUGUUUCAGAAGGAUGAGUACAAUAUUCUCAUACUGGGGCUGGACAAUGCUGGAAAAACUACCUAUUUGGAACAGACUAAAAUGAAGUUUACCAAAAACUACCAGGGCAUGCACUUAAAUAAGAUUACCACUACCGUUGGUCUAAAUAUUGGAACAAUAGUGAUAGGAGGUGUAAAGUUGAAGUUUUGGGAUCUUGGUGGUCAAGAAGAGUUACAGUCACUGUGGGACAAGUAUUAUGCAGAAUCUCAUGCUGUUAUUUACAUUGUUGAUUCAUCAGACAAAGAAAGAAUUGAUGAAUCUAAAGAAGCCUUUGAUAAGAUGAUUGUUAAUGAAACUUUGAAAACGGUUCCUUUGCUCUUGCUAGCCAACAAACAAGAUUUACAGGAUGUUGUGACAGUUGGAGAUAUAAAGUCCGUCUUCAACAGUAGUAGAGAACUUCUCGGACACAGGGAUUGUAGAGUAAAUGGCGUCUCUGCUUUAAAAGGAGAUGGCAUUAAUGAAGGUAUUGAGUGGAUGGUGGAUUGUAUAAAAAGGAACAGUUUAGUGCGACCUCCCAUGCAGAAAGAUAUUACAUGAAAUUUUUAUGGAUGGUCUCUUUUUUUGUGUACAUGUACUUUAUAUACAUGUGGGGACCAUUUUGUGAUACAUGUAAAUUGAGGGUUUAUUGAUAAAUUAUUCACAAGGAAGUUGAGUUCAUCAACAUACAAAUACAGUGUUAUCACAAUAUUUCACUAUAUUUUUCAGAAAAAUGAGGGACAGCGUUGCUUCAACCUGAACUAUGUUCAGCAUCAUUGAUACUUUAUUUAUUAUAUGUUAAAAAUCUGACUUUGAAAAAAAUGCGAAUUAGUGAAGUACUUAAAUUCAUUUUGUUUUUUGACUGAAGCUCAUUAGUGAGACUUGUGAUUAUAAAGGGUCUUGGACAUUUGCACCAUCUUCCCCAGACCUUUACCCACUUUUUUUUACAGUGGCAGACAUUGCCCCCUUGCAUGUUUGAAAGGGCUGACAUUUGCCCCUGUAAAAAAUUUGAAGGACACACAUUUGCCAUGCUAUUUCCCGUAUCCCGUUGCAUUUAUAAAUUUGGAGGGAAGAUGUUUUUAAUUUUGAUUUUUUUUUAAAAUUUGGGAAAAUGUCCGCCCUUAAAAAUUUUAAGAUGGGGGUGCAGAUUAUCUGCCCAUCAAAUGUCUGCCCCUUUCAAAGAUACAAGGGGGCAAAUGUCGGCAUCUGCAAAAACUGGGGGCAAACUUUGUGGUGGAUGGCUUUAAUUGUCCAAGACGCAAAUAUCUGUUUACAAAUUAUUAGAGCUUUGAAAAACUGUUUUGAAUGGUAUAUGAAUGAGCCCAAAGUGUCAGUAUGAACUUGUAAAAUAUGAUUUGUUUUUUUAAAUGAUAGUAUGGGUACCUCUGAAGAGGAGUACAGUUUACUGAGAGUUUUCAGGUUUAACUACAUUAUCUGUGCAUGAUGUAUGAUCAACUAAUGCCUUGUAUUAUUUAUUUUAUUAAUCUAAAAAUUGCAUAUGAAGUUAUUUGCCUCAAGGUGAUUUUAUUAUAUAAUAAAUAUCCCUUGGGGAUUAUUUUUUAUGAGGAUGACAUUCCACCAAAACAUAUAAACAGAUCUUCCAGAGUUUUACAUAGAAGGAUAUAUUGAGGUAUAAUGAUACCAGAUACCUUUCAGUUUAAAGAACAAUGUACAAUGUACACUAUAUGCCAACACAUUUAUUAAUCUUCAUUACUUCUACUCUUAGAAGUAAUGAAUAUUAAUAAAUGUGUUGGCAUAUAGUGUAAUUAAAAAUAAAACAUCUGGAAGCUUAAAGCGGUAUGCCUCCUGAUAAGGCAUACUAUUUCAAGAAAAUGGAGUAAAUUGUACUAAUAUUUACAGAAAAGUUAAAAGAUUCAAGUAAUAAUUUACAUAUUAUGUGACUGAUUUGCAAUAUUUAUAACUACAUGUAUAUUUUUAUUGUGUGACUAAGGCUGUAAGGGCUAUUUUUGUAUAUUUUGACUUCAUUUUAGUAAUUUGGAUUGUAAGUCUUGUUUGCAAUGUGUAAAUUAAAAUCUUAUCAGUAUUUUGCUAGAAAUACAUUUUCAAAAGUUUCAUGAAAAUAAGCAUUAAUCUGGAGGCAUGCUGCUUUAACAAACCAGAUGGCCAAAUUUGACAAAUAACCCAUUAAAGGAAGCACACUAUCUCUUUGAUAAUAUCUUCUUGAUAUAAGAAAUCAAUCUUCAUAUUUCUGUAAUAGUAAUGAGAGAGAAAUUACCAAAUA